AUGCAGCAAAGUCUGAAGGAUAUGAAUUCCAAAAUUGGCUGCAUUGUCAUAGGCAAUGCUGAUGCUUUGGAAGUUCUGGAUACUCUUAUUGGAACUUCUGAUAAUGUUCUUGAGAUUGCUCCCGCCUUUGCUCCUACCUCUGCUCCUACCUCUGCUCCUACCUCUGCUUCUGCCUCUGCUUCUGCCUCUGCUCCAUCCUCUGCUCCAUCCUCUGCUCCCACUGCCACUUCUACUGAUGUUAAUCAAGAAGUUUACAAUCGACUUUUUUUUCUUAUCCAAAGCCAAUUGAGGGAUCCAAAAUUCAGAUCAAAUGAUGCAGCUUUGAUUGCAGCAAAUGACAGCAAGUCCAGUUGGAAUACUGAAAUUCAUUUCAAUCGCUCCCCUAAUAAAGAACUGACACUUGCACUUAUGGCUUAUCUGAAGCCAAAGUUUGCUGCAGAUGGGCUUAAACCAUCCGAAAUCCGCAGUAGUAUUUAUACUAACUUUUGUGGAAGAUGUUCUGCUGAACGAAAGUCGCCAUCAGCCCUUGAUGCAGGAAGAUCAAGGUCAAGAAGAGCAAGUCAAGCAACCACUAACUUUGACUGCUGUGAGCUGGCCUACAGCAUAUGCAAGGCUGACAUUGAUAUGUUGCUGGGAAAGGAUUGCAAAGGGCUCAUCAACAAGACAGCAAUGUCUGAGGGUGAGUUGGAGGAUGAGAUACCUGGAGUUCCAGGCAAUCGUGUGAUCCAUACAGUGCAUCCAACCUGGAGAAGCAAUGAGUUUCUGAGGCAUGUUAACGUAGCCGUGCUCAAAUGCUUGAACCUAAAUGUGCACCAGAUGGCAAAGAAGACCUUUGGCGGAGAUGCUGAUUUAGCAGUCCCGAGUCAACUGAAGCGCUCUCUUCCUCAGUGGGCUUUCAGAGAUGAGCUCUAA